AUGUCAGAAGAUCACUGGGGUAUAUUUCUUGCUAACACCGAAGACAAACAUGCCAAGAGAAAGCCCAAAAAGAAGAAGCGCUAUGCAGAAGAAAACACUGCCUCGGCCUUCGGUAGCAGAACCAUCUAUGAGGGAAGUGAAGCAGACAAGGAGGAGGUCCCCACGAAGGUGAAGGACAAGCAAAGGAAGAAAAGGAAGAAGGAUCCGGACAUGCCCGAGAAGAUCCCAAUCUGGUUCGGGGAACAGCAGGAGGACGAAGACAUGCACGACAUCGCUCCUCCACCCGAAGCAUCAGCCCUCGGCGGCCAAACCGUCAAUGUCGGAAGUGAAGCAGCCGAGGAGGUCCUCACGAAGGUGGACAAGAAAAGGAAGAGAAGAAGAAGAAGAAGGAUCUUGACAAGUUCGAGGAGAUCCCCACCAGGCUCGGGGAAGAACAGGAUUUGCACGAUGAUGCUCCUCCAGCCGAGGCCUCGGCCCUCGGUGGCCAAACCGUCGAUGGUGAGUUGA